AUGCCGCCAAGAUCUACGAGACGGUUGCGGGGUAGAAAGAAGGAGGAUUCUGGGACACCGGAUGUUACCAAAACCCCAGAGGAUAAUGAGGAGAAGGUGGAUGAAGGGAAAUCGUCUGGGCGAAAUACGAAAUCGCGCGAAGUCAGCGAGGAUAAGUCCUCUUCCAAAAGCGGCACGAAGUCGGAGGAGUCUAGCAGCGAUGAUGACGAUACUCCAGUGCCUUUAAUGGUUCACGAACGCGUAAAACGAUCAACAGCAGGAAAUAAAAUGGCCUCUCUGCUUUCAUCGGCAGAGCAAGAGGACGAUUUUUAUAAAACCGCUUAUGGGGGUUUUGACGAGAGCACUGAAGGCGAUAAAGAGUUCACGUCUCCUGUGCAUUCCGAUGAAGAUGAAGUAGACUCGGAUUUCGACAAACCGGAGGAAGAAGAUGAGCCGGUUAGCGGCGAGGAGGAAGACCCGGACAAGAAGAGGAGGAAACGCAAAUUUAAGGAGCCUCGACGGGGUUUAAGCGCCGACGAAAUCGCGAAAAACAAAAAAUGGGCGAUGGCGAGGCUCGCCGGCAAUUCGGUGGCGGCGAAUACCGUCGAUGAGAAGACACAAGCGAAAAUGUUGAAAGAAGCUGAAGAAACCGAGCGGAUUAAUGUCGAAUCACUGAAAAAAUACGAGGAGUUCGAGCUCGAGAAGAAGAAGAAGCGCGAAAAGGCGACGGUGCGCGUUUUCCCGCCGGGACCCCGCGAGCAAAUCAAGAUGACUGCUGAUGGCACCACGGUGACGUUGCCCGCGAUUAAGAAAUUCGAAUGUUGCCGCGCGAAGCCGAGAAGUGUGUGCGCGGUGACCGGCCGACCGGCGCGCUACUUUGAUCCGGUCACUCGCCUACCGUACUCGACGCCGUAUGCGUUUAAGGUGAUUCGCGACAAGUACAACAAGUAUUUGAGGACGAUUGAAGGCAAUCCCGAGGUUGAUGCUUAUUUGGCGCGCCUCAAACAAUUGCCGACGCCUCCUGACUCGCCGGUGCCGAUUGCGCUGAAUCCGACGUCGAUGGUGGCGGAAUCUUCGAUCUCCGCGUAA